GCCGGCGCACUUCCAAAGUCUAACGAUGUUUUACUACACCCACCAUCCACUGUUGACGCGGUAAACCAAGACCGAAAAAUCGAUUGUGUCCGCGUUGUUAUUUUUGUUUUGGUUCGCGGUCGCUCGCCUUGUUUUUACUUUGCAGCCCCGGCCAAAUGACUCAUGUCAGAGGCCACAAUGAAAAACCACAAUAAGUACGCAAAGUUGCCUCAAGACAUCGACCUGAGUUUCCACAACGAUUUGGACCUACUGCCGGACACGGCUGCCGAUAUCGACGUUAACAUAGAUGCGAAUACGGAUGUCGCUGCUCUCAACCUAAAUGUAUGCACGUCUUUGGAAUUGGACGACGAGGACAACAAGGACAACGAGAUACUUUUCGCCUCCGGCGGCGUAUCAGGUGGGGGCGUCGGCUGCGAGGGUAGUUUAGGUGUUGCUCCUUUGGUAACGGAAACCUCCGUGGCAUCGGGUCAGCAGAACAAGCGGAAGCAGCACUCAGACCAGCAGCUCCUUGCAAAGAGAAAAAUUUGCGGUCUUAGCAGUGACAGUGUGAUUAAGACGGGUCUCACACUUACACCUGAAAUGCUUCUUUCCACGUCGGAAUCAUCCACGCAUAGCGCCUCGGAAGUGGCUGGGCGACUGCAGGUCGACGUGCGGACCGGUCUCAAAUGGACGGAGGCAAAGUACCGGGCCAAGAUCAUCGGUCAUAACGAGCUCUUGCUUCUUGAGGAGGACCCUACCUGGAAGAAGUACAUUGAGCAGUUCAAGAAUCCACUUAUCCUACUACUUUUAGGAUCGGCUUUGGUGUCCGUAAUCAUGAAGCAGUUCGACGAUGCUGUUAGCAUAACCAUUGCUAUUCUGAUAGUGGUUACGGUGGCUUUCAUUCAGGAAUACCGCUCCGAGAAAAGUCUAGAGGAGCUAAAGAAACUAGUUCCUCCUGAGUGUCAUUGUCUUCGCGAGGGCAGGUUGGACACAUUUCUGGCUCGCGAAUUGGUUCCCGGCGAUGUGGUAUACCUUAACGUAGGCGACCGCGUGCCUGCUGAUGUUCGACUUUUUGAAGCUGUAGACCUCUCUAUCGAUGAAAGCAGCUUUACUGGAGAGACUGAGCCCGCACGAAAAAUUACUGAUGUCCUUUUGAACAACUCGAACGUAAAGGACCACAGCAACAUGAAGAAUAUAGCGUUCAUGGGUACUUUAGUGCGAUGCGGCAAUGGGAAAGGCAUUGUAGUUAGCACUGGAGAGCGCAGCGAGUUUGGUGAGGUGUUUAAGAUGAUGCAGGCCGAAGAGGCCCCGAAGACACCACUGCAGAAGUCGAUGGAUAUUCUUGGCGCUCAACUAAGUUUUUAUUCCUUCCUAAUCAUCGGCGUCAUCAUGUUGCUAGGCUGGUUGCAGGGCAAGCCGCUCUCAGAGAUGUUUAACAUUAGUGUCUCUCUCGCGGUGGCUGCUAUACCUGAGGGUCUACCAAUUGUUGUCACGGUAACGCUUGCGCUGGGCGUAAUGAGGAUGGCUAAACAGAAUGCGAUCGUUAAAAAGCUACCCACCGUUGAAACUUUGGGUUGUGUAAACGUGAUUUGCUCGGAUAAAACUGGCACCCUCACUAAGAACGAGAUGACGGCAACCAUUAUCAUAACUUCAGACGGUUACAUGGCUGAUGUAACCGGUGCCGGUUAUAACGACCAGGGAGAGAUCCACAUCCGGCAUUGCAACAAUGUGGAGAUGGCAAAAACCAACAUUACGAAUCUUCUAGAGAUAGGGGCAGUCUGUAAUAACGCAUAUAUUCAAAACGGUACGUUACUUGGCCAACCUACAGAAGGCGCUUUGGUAGCCGUGGCUAUGAAAAAUGGUAUGUAUGCCACGGCUGAAAACUAUGUGCGCAUCCAAGAGUACCCCUUUAGCUCGGAACAGAAAAUGAUGGCCGUUAAGUGUAUCCAAAAAUAUAACAACAACAAGGAGGAGAUAUUCUUUGCUAAGGGAGCGCUUGAGACUUUGUUACCCCAGUGCACUAAGUACCAGUUCGGCACUCAGACUGUGCCUUUAACCAAACAGAACGAGGCUGAAUUUUUGGCCGAAGCUUACGAGAUAGGUCGCAAAGGACUUCGUGUACUUGCACUUGCCAAAGGCCGGUCUAUGCAGGACCUAAUAUACUGUGGACUCGUAGGCAUUACUGAUCCACCUAGGCCGCUUGUGAGAGAGUCCAUUGAGAUGCUGAUGCAAAGCGGUGUACGUGUCAAAAUGGUCACUGGAGAUGCACAGGAAACAGCCUUGGCUAUCGCGAAUCUCAUCGGCAUCGAUACUAUACAUCAUCAGACUUUAUCUGGCCAAGAAAUAGACCAAAUGAACGAGCACCAACUGGACAAGGUGGCCAACAACGUGAGCGUUUUCUACCGUGUCUCCCCUCGCCACAAGUUGGAGAUUGUAAAGUCUUUGCAGCGUACCGGCAAUAUAGUCGGCAUGACAGGCGACGGGGUCAACGAUGGGGUUGCUUUAAAAAAGGCGGAUAUUGGUAUUGCAAUGGGUAAGAAUGGAACAGAUGUUUGUAAAGAAGCUGCAGACAUGAUUUUGGUUAACGACGAUUUCCACACAAUUAUUGCUGCCAUUGAGGAGGGGAAGGGCAUAUUCUACAAUAUUCGUAAUUUUGUGCGCUUUCAACUUAGUACUUCAAUCGCUGCUUUGGCCCUCAUCGCCCUCGCCACACUAAUGGACAUUGCCAAUCCACUUAAUGCUAUGCAAAUUCUAUGGAUUAAUAUAAUUAUGGACGGGCCACCUGCACAGUCGCUGGGUGUAGAACCAGUUGAUCAUGACGUACUGAAGCAGAAGCCGCGCAAUGUGAAACAACCGAUGAUUACGAAGGGUGUUGUAGCCAAUGUUCUCCUUAGCGCAAGUAUCAUAGUACUGGGAACCUUAUGGGUGUUUCAGCGCGAAAUGGCUGAUGGAACGCUAGGAAAAACAAAGCGGGAUACAACCAUGACCUUUACAUGCUUUGUGUUUUUCGAUAUGUUUAACGCUCUGUCAUGUCGCUCACAGACCAAGAGCGUGUUUACCAUAGGUCUGACUACUAAUCGUAUGUUUCUAUUGGCUGUUGCCUUCUCUAUCGUUGGCCAAAUGCUGGUCGUAUAUUUUCCGCCACUGCAAAUGGUAUUUCAAACGGAAGCUCUAACUCCAUACGACAUAUUCUUCUUGGUCUCGCUUACAUCGUCCGUGCUUAUCGUAUCGGAGGUGAAGAAAUGGUUCGAACGCACAAUGGAGCGAAAGAUGUACAGCACCCGCUCCGACCUGGACUUCGUAUGACACAACGCAAGCGCUAGAGAUGAGUUGCACCCCAAAGCCGAGUAAAUGAAAAUAUUUAAUCACGAAAAUUAAAACAAAACUAUGCCAAAACAAAGCGAGGAGCAUUGCGAAAGAUGGUAGAUAUGAAGUAGAAAACGAAGAGCAGCGAAGUGUGUUUAUUUUUUACAUUUGGCGCCAAAAGUUUGAACAAAAAUUUUCAAUAUUGGGUCCUCACUAUUUUGGGUCCAGAUGGGAUUUUUACAAAUUUGACGUAAGCCCACAGGUUUGUUCUUUGCUCUCUUUAAUUUUUGAUAGAUUAUAGUAUUAUUGUUUACAAUAUUCUAAACGUUAUGUGUUAAUUUUUAAUUGUAAUGCAUUCUGUGUAUUGUAUGUAAGUAGACAAUUUGUGAGCUGACUUAUGCUUAUUCUCUAGGGUUUUUUUUAAUUUAUUUCCAGUUUAAGUUUAUAAAGAGCACACAAUUUUUAAAUAUAUUCCUUUCUCAAUAUCACGAAUGGAUUUAAUUAAAUUAUCCGUUAGGCAAAAAGUCAAUCAUUUACUUUCAAUGUUUUUUUUUAUUAUUGGUUGCACUUUAUGCAAGUUAAGUUAAUAAAAGUGUUUAGAAUGCUGCAAUUUUCGGCAAAACAGUUUGUGAUAUUAUUUUAAGCAUAUAUGCAAAAAUUGGCCGCAAGUCAGCCAAUCAACCAACGCAACUUGUGACAUAAAAUUUUUGUUGUGGCAAUAAAAUCAAUCGCAAUAAAAAAUUGCUAACCACCAAUUUAUUUUUUAAAUUUUUGAACCUUUUAUAUCCGCAAUUAUAGCUGAAAAUAAAUCAACUGUACUUGUAUCACGAUUUAUAUACAUUUCGGUAAAAACAAAUACUGCUGCUAAGGUCGUGGAAUCCCAGAAAGUAAAAUUGUAAAUCUAAUGCAUGUGAGAAGCUGAAAAAUAGGCAAGGCUUGGAAAUGGUAAUUUGGUAACUUUGUUUAAUAAUUUAUUCGGUAUUUGGAGAAAUAAAUUUUCGCAAAUCAAAACUCUAGCGUUUCUGAACGCCAUUGCUAAAUAAAAGAAUGAUAAAUAAAAGAUGAUGAUUCAAUUUUAUGCUUUAUUUGUUAUACACCCAAAAUAAUAUUCCAUAGGUUUAUUUUUAAAUCAAAACCAAAUAACAGCAAUGUUGGGAAAAUUCUAUCAAAAAGUUAAUAUUCAAAUUAUUUGUUUUUAUAUUAAUGGAUUUAACAGGAUAAAAUGUAUCAAACAUUCUUCACUUUUCGAAUUUGAUUGAAAUUAGAGGCAAGAAAAUAAAUAGAUGUAAGACAUCGAACGAUUAUUUAGUCAUUAGAUCAAAAAAAUGUAGCUCAAUAUGUAAAAUAAAAUUUAUAUAUAGAGAGCAAUUUAUUCAAAUGAUUAUUGCUAGAAAUGACCCAGGCUGACUAACUAUUUAUACUCCACAAAUAAUUUUGCCAAUUCUAUAACUGAUCAAAUUUUUCCACACAUUUUAUUCGGAACGUUGUUCGGUUCAGGGGAGCCCAAAGGAUCUCCCUUAUUUAUAAGGAGUGAAGUACUGUUAGCCUGUGUUAUAAAAACAGUACAUGUGUAAAUUCGAAAUCUGUAGUAUAUUAAACUACCGAAAUACCAUGACAUUCAAUUCAUAUCAUAAAAUCUCAGAAAUACUUACCCAUCAAUGGCGCUGCCACGUACACAUAAUUACAUAUAUAGCAUAUCCGUUCGUAAAACGCAAAGUCACCUCACUUUCCAUUAACAUAAAACGCCUUCGACCAAUUCGAGCUCAACUGGAAAACUUUAAAUUAUUUUUGGGUAUUCCGCAUUUAAAAGAUUUUAUGGCUACGACCAUAUUAAUGGACCAAUAAAAAAACAAAUUGCAACAUUUUUUUCGCAUACGAUAUCACGCUAAGCUCUAAACAUACGCACUCCAUAUAUCAUGGCAAAAAAAAAACGCAAAAACUACAAAAAAAAAAAAAAAAAACAAUGUAAUCCGAUUUAAACAGGUAUAAAGAAAAUAAAUAGGGGCGUACCCUAACAAUUGAAACAAAUAUGGUACAACAAGGAUUCUUUAACAAUGCAUGUUUUCCACUUUUACGUACAAUAAUUUCAAAAAAGUUAGAAAAAUAAAUGACUAUUGCAUUGUUUUAUGAAUUGUUCCCACUUACAACCCACCAUAGAACAUGUUCAUAUAGGCCACAAUAAUUUAUAUUUCCACCGAACAGAACAGUCGCGCACUAAGUACUUGUCUAUGGUUUGGGUACGUCCUUGCAAAUUAAAACAAUACAACUAGGCACAUUUACUUAUAUCUCAUCCCAAUGGUAACAAUAAUUAGAAAAUUAAGUGUAGUAGUUAAUGAGUAAUUGAAAAAGAAUAUUUUCGGUAUUCAUAAAUAUCGAAUUCAUUAAAUUAACUAAAUAAAUAUUUAU